AGCAGCAAGCUUUUGGAAGCUUUCAUUUUUUCUUCGUCUCGCUAUGGUAAUGCUAAUGCCAAGCAAGAAUCAUGUCUUUUGUAUCUGUAGGUGGAGGUAGUCUCUCCUUUUUUGAUGGCUCUUCCAGCCCGUGGUUCAUCGUCUUCGCCGUAUUUCUUUACUUCGUGUAUGCGCCAUUGUCUUCUCAAAGGGUAUCAACUAUCAAAGGAUGAACUUUGUUGUCGCGGACGCUGUCUGAAGUGGGAUCAUGUGUGCGUUUCCCCUCUCUCCCGCGCUCAAAGUCCUCGUGGACGUGGCUUCACUACGACCCCCGCAAAUGAUUAUGUUGUUGGGAAAAAAAAGUCCAAUUUGAGAAUCAAAGACCUCGCAGCUGCUAGUGGUGCACAAGAAACGACGAAGCUUGACGGAGCAUUGUUCUCUCCUGCGAAUCCGACUUGAGCGGCGGAGACAGUCUUCGGAGGGUACACAACAAGUCACGGAACAAGCAACAGUGCCAGAGAUGGCCGAAGUUUUUCUGUCGCGGCAUCCUCUGCCUGGACGCAAUGGCUUCGUGGCAUUCGACUUUCCCGACCAGGAAAGUGGACAGCCUGGGUUGGCGCGAAAGAAGAGUAUCCUCUCACUGUGCGGCCAGGCGAGAUGCGCAUGCCCGCAGGCGAUAGAAACACACAGAUUCUCUACGGAAAGCGCGGUAGAGAAUGGUCGAAUUUGCCUACAGCCGCUGCAAUCAACUACCAGCGGCGACCUAGCUCCUCUGAACUUCGACAUGCGGUGGACCUAGAUGAUGCGGCGCCGGUACCGGCGGUGAACUACCAUAAGCUUUAUUUUGGUAAAAAGCUACGGAUUCGAAACGAAAGAACUACGUCGUCAUCAGGCGCUAGAGUACAAUACAACACUUCGUCUUCUCAUGAUAGACAAGAACACGCUCAGGACAUAGACAUCAAGCAGACCACAGCUGAGCGUCAGAACCCAAAUGAAGAGGGCCUCAGAAACGCGGUGGAUUUUGGCAACUUCCGUAUUGACGCAGGUUCCAUAGAGUUCGACACGCAGGCUGAUGCGGUGGCCUUCGCGCAAAGGAGGCUUUGUCAUUGGGUCCACGCGAAGAAGACUGGAAGCAUAGACAUCUGCACAGCUCAAGAGUGGGAUGUCGUCACGAGUUUCAUCAAAGAACAAGGGCAUUGGCGAGAUUGCACUGAGCUAUCCCGAAUGUGGCAAACGAAAAUAUCGCCUGCUGCAGGUGAGAAACAGAAAGCGCACAGUGCUUCUUCAUUAGCGCACAAGAAGUGUGCGACGCCUGGUGGUGUAGAACCGAGAAAGCGACUUGAAAUGCAAGCAACAGUGAGUAGAGGACCCAUGGAAGAAGAUGAAGAGCACGAAAAUGGAGGUGCGAGUCGUCGUCCACACGACGAGAUGAGGAAGGCGAAUAUGUACAUGGACGUCGGUGGGAAUCUUGGCGCGUGCGUCUUCGACAUGCUGACCGAAAUUCGGGCACUAGAUGGGGUCCUAGCUUUUGAGUUUCACUCGGUAAAUCUGUUCCGCAUGACAUCGACUCUGCCUCUGUUGCGUAUGCCUUACGAAUUACGACGAAAAGUUAUGGUCUUUGCAGUCGGGAUGGGUCGGACUGGCGGCGUCCGUCUAAGACUGCACUCGGAACCAGGUAACCUGGGAAAUUCCGUGGUGCAAGGAUCCGCGAACCAUGUGCCUGUGGAACAGGAGAUUGCCGCUCACGAGAGUUUUUUCAUCAAAUCGCUUGACAGUUUUUGAUGAGGACAUCGCAACUACAUAGGAUGCCCCUGGGCAAGUUUUUCGUGGGGCUUCUUCCGGUACACAAAUUACGCCUCCUGGGAAGAAGAGUCCUCUUUCUGCUUCGUCAGAAGCGAUCGGCUCUAAGAGUAUCGCGGCCAAGCGCGAGGUGCAGCUAAUGAAGGUCGACAUUCAAGGAUCGGAGUGCAACAUGCUGGAGGGUUACUCAACUUCGAAGAAAAUGAAGGGUCUACUGAGAUGGCUGCAGACUUACUGAUGGCACAAGGCUGUACGGUGGAACGAUAUUCGCGCCUAUUGAGUGGCGCGGGUUCUGUGGGAUAGACAAGCCUUGGAGGCCUUUGUCAGACCUUCUGCUGCUCCAGGGGGAAUGCACGGCUGAUGCUCGCUUCGGGAAGGGGAAGCUGUUGCAAACAGCACUAAACACGCAGUUUCCUUGUUUGUGCGCUGCGGCGACAUCAUCGACGACUUGAACUGACCCUAACGAAGUCGUUGGUGCAUGAAACUCCUGCCACGAAGAGCACCCGUGUGGCGGAAAGUCUCAUCGACAGUUCGCUGUCUACGUUGUGCGUGUCCAGAAUGCAAAAAAACGCCGUGGUAGGUAAAGGGUGAGAGCGACAAUUUUAUUCUGUUGCAUUUGACUGCGACUGCCUUUCGGUUUGAAGCGCGAGUGGCUAGUGAUCGCGGGAAGAUCUAAU